AUGGCACGGUUGGUUUCUCAGGGGGCAUGUAUGCUAUCAAGAGGUACCAUCAGUUCAAGAUGCUGUUAUGAGAUCUUUGAUGGUAUCGAUCCAAUCGCAAGGAUCAGCGAGGAUCAUGGGUUCGUCAAAAUAAAAAGAUUGACGGUGCAACGUCAAAGUCUUCGGGAUAUGGAAUUUUUGAGCUCGAUGCAAAUCACUUGGAUAAGAGCAUAUAUGGGUCUUGAAUCAAGUAGCAACCAGAAGUGUUCGCAGAUGUGUUUUUUGUUCUUUCCUAUGGUGCUUGAGAGAAUGCAUUUACUCUCAAAUACAAAACUUGUAGUCCGACAAACUUUUCAGGUAGCUUUACUGACGGAUGUGCGAUCAGAUCCAGGAUAA